UUGCGGCUCCGGGAGGAUGUGGGUCCUCGGCUUCGUGGCAACUUUUUGCGGAUUGUUCUUGCUUCCAGGUUUUGCGCUGCAAAUCCAGUGCUACCAAUGCGAAGAAUUCCAGCUGAACAACGACUGCUCCUCCCCUGAGUUCAUCGUGAAUUGCACGGUAAACGUUCAAGACAUGUGUCAAAAAGAAGUGAUGGAGCAAAGCACGGGGAUCAUGUAUCGCAAGUCAUGUGCGUCCUCGGCGGCCUGUCUCAUCGCCUCUGCCGGGUACCAGUCCUUCUGCUCCCCAGGGAAACUGAACUCAGUGUGUAUCAGCUGCUGCAACACCCCUCUUUGCAACGGGCCGAGGCCCAAGAAAAGGGGCAGCUCCGCUUCGGCCCUCAGGCCCACGUUCCCCACCACCGUCCUGCUCCUCACCUUAGCCCUCGUCUUGGCACACUGUUGAAGCUGAAAGGAGCUGCCACCCCGCCUGCAUUGAUCUUCUGGCCCUGGUCCCCACCUCCCUGAGUUUAUUCUGAGUGUCCUUUCAUCCUGGGGGGAGAGGAGUCUGUUCUCUCUUUGUUCAUUUGCAAAUAGUGAAAGAGCUCCCUGGAAAAUAAUGUGUGCUUGAAGCGAGAGAGUGGUGCUAGGUGCAGCGCCCCUGCCCACGGAAACCAGAGUCCAGGGUCUGUUGGCAGAGGCAGAAUCAGCCCUUAGAAGCCAGCAGCUCGGGUAUCUGCCCUUUCAGAAGCUUUUAACCUCCCUGUGUCCCGGACGGGGGUGCAGUUUAUCUUGGGGCUGAGGGUAACGUUGCUUGGCGGGGGCGGGAGGGCCUGCUCCCACUCAAAGCUUCCUCCUGACCCUCACACCUCGAGCUCCUGAAAACCAUUCUCGGCCGCAGAGGUGCCCGAGUUGGGCUGUGGUGACUCCUGACUCAGUGACCGGGGCUUCAUCUCGGGCGUGGCCUGGCUCUGAAAAGUGCUUAAGAAAACCUUGUUAGUUCUCCUUGCAGAGGAAUUGCGGUGGGAAGCCAAGAAGAUGAGCGGGCUGCGGGCGGAGCGCGACAUGUCAGUGCUGCAGCUGCCCUGGGCGCGCAGACGUCUCUCCUGGUUGGCGUGGGGCAGCGUCAGGUGGCAGCGCAGCACCUGCCCGAACACCCUGCGGAACUGCAGUGAGGACACGUUGUACAGGAGAGGGUUUACCACCGAGCUGAGGAAGAAGAAGGUGUCCGAGAAGGGGAGCAGGAUCAUGUACGCCCGGAAGUAGGACUUGGUCCAGUCGUGCUUGGGCUUGGCUGCGGCCAUGAUCCUGCGAAUCUGGUUGGGCAUCCAGCAUACGGCUAACGUCACAACAAUCAGCCCUGAACAGGCAGGAGAGAGGAGGGGGGAUAAAGAGGCAGCAUGAGAACAAAAAUAAACAGAAAAGCAUAAAAUAUUUAGCCCCUCAGUUCUGUGCUUACUGGCCAGGAAAUGGUACCAAUUUAUCAAUGUUGUGCUUGACAGCUUCUUUUGCCACCAGCAAAAGGGAAUUUAACACUGUUUCAAGCUCGGGGGAGUUGGCUCUAUUAAAGACCAUUAAAUGCUUUAGACAGUGUAUUUAUACCUGUUGAUGCCUGUUAAUUUUAAAAAUGUUUUCACUGUUGCUCGUGUAUCCAGAAAAUAUUUUAUGUUGUCCAUAAAUCUGGUUUUGUCUUUUUGCUUUAAAGAAAUAGAUGUAUACACACGGUACAGCCAUAUUAGAUGAAACAGUAUUUAUAUUUUAAAGAAUAUAUGCAUAAAGAGGACCCCGUGAUAUGUUUCCCCUUUGGUAAUGAAGAAGCAUAUUUAACAACGCCGACUUUGCAUUUGAUUUUAGGGGAAGCAAAAUCAAGGCUGGUGCAUCACCGAGAAUGUUUUUUGGAUAUACACGUGCUAGGUGUGCACUGCUCUAAUCAUGAAACUGACAUCUGCAACAGCCCCUCUGGUUCAGUUCCGUCACUCUUAGGUACAUCAUCUCUUCCACCUUCAUGUGGGUGAAAAAAAUUCAGCAAAAACCAACAACAGAAACGUCAAGCUUAGCUAGGAACAUGCUCGUUGCUUUUGUGGCACUAAAUUGCAACGUUGGCGGCCUGGAAACCAUCAGGCCCUUGAGGAGAGACAUUGCUCAGUGCCCCCUACGUGGACCAGCUGCUGGCUGCACGUACACGCGUUUGCAUCCCCAUGCGACUGCAUUCUGAUUGUAUGAUCAUCCCUGCAUCUGCAAUUUUGACAGAAAAAGAUGUUCUGUCUCUCACGAACAACUGAAGUCACAGUUGUCAAAACAAGAGUUGAUCUACAGAGAGAAAAUAAGGAUCAGGGCAUUUGCUUCCCCCAACCCUUGGAAGCUAAGAACCCAGAAUCGAAGUUCUCACAUUAGAGAGCUGACAUCUUAAUAUUUACAUUUUUAGGAAUGCUUUCUUUCUCUCCAAAAUUUGAGUCCUAAGGAAAAUUCAUUUACAUUUUCAACAUGAUUUUCUAGGAAACUGCAAGGAAUUCGUAGGAGUAACUGAUGUCUGCCUAUGGUUGAUGGUAAAUAUUUCAGUAAUAAAUAGUCCAGGAAAAAGCCAUUUUCAUGCAUCCAGGGUUGGCUUGCCUGAACACCCCUUACCUGGUGGCUGAGGGGCCCCAUGGCACAUUCUCUGGCACCAAAAUAGCUCAGUUUCCCCAAAUACCAGUCUCCAUAAAGCCCAUCUCUCAGCACGGAGGGCCUUGGGAACUGUUCCUCUGUCAAUUUCCAAAGGUUCUUCCUGUCAGACCGCAGCCCUGGCUUAGAAACCUAAACCGAUUUGCUUAUUUCUUCCCUUUAAAUUUGCUACCCUGAGUACAGUCAGUAAAUCUAAAAAUAAAAUAGGCAAAGUAAAACUGAUUUGAUGAAAAGGCAAAAAAAUACUAUCUUAAGUCAAGAGUCUAUUCCUAAUCACCUAGUUACAGCUGCUGGAGGAGAAGGGGGAAAAACAUUUUUCUGAUUAAAAAAAAAUGCAUGGAAAAUCGCGGGCUUUUUCUUCUUCACUGCUUUGAGGAGCACAGAUGCUUCCAGACACCUGUGCUAUGCCAAAUUUGUUUUCAAGUUUCAGCUCCAUGUUUUCAUCUCCUGUGACUGAGGGAGCAGUUCAUCCCAUUUGCUGUAAAGAAGCUAGGAAAUUUGCCAUACCUGGGCGAGCUGUGUGUCCUCACAACGCUUUACAUUUUUGUUCUCUGUCACUGAAUUCCACAGAACAAGUGCAACCAUCUUCAUCUAAGGAGCUAUUUCUCAGAAUAUGGAAGUUGAGGGCAUGAUUUUAGAGGUAUGAUGUGCUACACUGUGGGAGGCUGUUCUUCAGCCAGCAGAAUCUACAAAGAGGAAGACACACUCCAUGUACUUGCCACUACCGAAGAGAGAACAGCUUUUAAAGCCAAAGGGCAAAGGCAAUGCCAAAAGGAAGGGCUGUGGGACAAGGGGAGAGGAGUUACACAAUUACUUCGGCCCUGUGUGUCUCAUACUCAUGUCUUCCUUACCUGAUCCUUAUUCUUCUGUAACUUCCCACACACACUUGCCUGGCCUCAGUGGUCUUUGAUCAUCCUAUCAAGAGAAGCAGAGCUUGGUAAAAACUAAGGCCCGAAUCCAGAUAGAAGAGAGGAUUGGGGCAGAUCAAGACCUGUGGCUUGGUUUGUAGUUUCAGCCAGGAUAAAAUUCCUGUUCUGAAAUGAAAAUGAGCUAAUUAAGUGAGAAGCAGCUCAUUCUGAACAUGUGGCAGCAAAUGGGGGGCCAGAUGAGAGAUCCUCAACAAGGAAAAUAGUUUUUCUGGGUCUAGAGUGGGUAGGUGUAACAGCAAGUACAAACUUGAACAAGAGACAAAGGAUCUGCAUAGAAAUGGACCAGGCGCUUACAAUAAUACAUCAAGCAGGUCUUGAGAUAUGAGCAAGAAUAAUGCUGAAUGGUUUGUGUUUUCUCUGUUCUAAGCACUCUACUUAUUUCCCAUGCAUUUCUCAUCCCUGAGAACCUGGUGAAUGCUGACCUAUGAGGUAGACAAAGUAGCUUCAUUUUGCAAAUGAGAAAGUCAGCACCCGGAGAUUCGUUGUAGAAAUGCCACAGCCAGGACCCCAUGAGCCCCAGACCCCGAAAUCUAUGAUAUCUAUUUUUCAAGACACAGUACUUUCAGUUUCUCAUGAAAA